CAUGUAAACAGCUGAUAAUAGUGCAUUUUUGUUUGUUUACUUGUAUUUUUCCAGCUGAGGAAAUCCGCCUUUUACGUACAAUAAUUAACGUUAUCAGAAGCUAAAAUAGCUGAUACUAGAGAAAAUAGUGCACUAAAGAUCAUUUAACCUUAUCAGUUCAAUCUUCAAUCAUUUCCUUGACUUGAUUAAGCUCGUUCAAUUAAAUCAACAUCAUUCCACAAGUGCCAUUCAAAGUCGAAUCAUUUCCUAUAAAACUUUCGCGCAAAUUCCACAGAAAAUACUAAAAUUUCUAUUUAAAAUUAGUGAAAGUGUGUGAAUUAGUAGAAAAAUGUCUGCUGCGUUUAAUAUUAAAGAGCAUCAGCAUAGUCGCUACAAUCCCUUAACGGGGCAAUGGGUUUUAGUAUGUCCUCAUCGAAUGCUAAGACCUUGGUCAGGUCAAGAAGAAUCUCCUGAGUUACUCAAUGCCCCAGAAUUUGAUCCUAAAAAUCCCCUGUGCCCAGGAGUUGUUCGUGCAAACGGAACAAAAAAUCCCAACUACACCUCAACAUUUGUAUUUACAAAUGAUUUUCCCGCUCUGCUGGAGGAUGUCCCAUCGCCGCCCGAGAGCGAUGAUCCCCUUUUCCAAACGGCUCCCGCAAGAGGAACUUGUCGUGUUAUUUGCUUUCAUCCAAAGUCAAAUAAAACUCUCCCUCUGCUAACAAUUGCGGAAAUUGUCCAAGUUCUGGCCACGUGGAAAGAACAAUUUGCUGAGUUGAAGAAAAAGUAUACUUGGGUGCAAAUAUUUGAGAAUAAAGGAGCCGCUAUGGGAUGUUCAAAUCCUCAUCCUCACUGCCAAAUCUGGUCGUGCUCAUUUUUGCCCACAGAACCAGCAAACAAAGACAAACACUUGCGUGAGUACUUUGAGAAGCACCGACGUCCCCUACUGCUAGACUAUGUUAACAAAGAAUUGCAGAAGAAGGAGAGAAUUGUGAUUGAGAAUAGAAAUUGGCUCGUUGUUGUGCCAUUUUGGGCUAGUUGGCCAUUUGAAACUAUGAUUAUCGCACGGAAGAACACAAAGCGAUUUGAUGAGCUGUCCGAGGAACAAUCUCAAGAUUUAGCAGUUGUUAUUAAGGAACUUACUACCAAGUAUGAUAAUCUCUUCAAAUGCUCCUUUCCCUAUUCAAUGGGAUGGCAUGGUGCUCCAACUGGAUCGAUGAUAAAUAGCAAUAGCGAUCAUUGGACUUUGCAUGCCAUUUACUAUCCACCUCUUCUGCGUUCAGCCACCGUCAGAAAGUUUAUGGUGGGCUUUGAGCUGCUUUGCCAGGCCCAGAGAGAUCUUACAGCUGAACAAGCAGCUGAACGCUUGAGAAGUCUGGACGGCAGUAAGCAUUACUCCGUCCAGUAAGACACCAGUAAAACAACAUAGUCCAAAUACUAAAAAAAAAUUGUUUUUAGACAAAUAAAUUUACCUUGGGAAUUGC